GCAGAAUUAGUACCUCGCCGUAUAUAUAAAGACCCUUAAGUUGUUUUUUCUCUUCUUACACUGAUACUUUACUAAUCAAAUUGAUUAUCUUCAUAAAGAUUAGCAAUGUUUACCCCUGUUGAGACAACAAUUGGCGCGGUUCUCAUCCAGCUGGCCACUACUAACUACUACUGGCAACUUGGUGGGACAAUUGGCUUUUCAUCAGCAAUUUGUUCGGCAAUCACCAGGAGAUCGAUACCAGGCCUGGAGAUUGUGACCGGGUUAGUUUCUUCUGCGCUGAUUGUAAAGAAAUGGCUGCCACAGUUUGUUCCACAGUUCCCAGAGUCUGUGCUUGUGACAAAGGGUAUCUUCUCGCAGACUCAGCUGCUAUGCCUUGCGGGCCUGCUCGUUGGGCUGGGAACCAAGCUGGGGAGUGGAUGUACUUCAGGCCAUAUGAUUGCAGGUCUGUCCAGACUGAGAUUUAGAUCGCUGGUUGCAACGGCCACCUUUGCAUCUGUUGCGAUGGCUUCGGUGUACUUUGGUGGCUUGUAUGGAAUCCUAGGUGAUGGUGCUAACUAUGCUGUUGCAUGGAACAAAGACCUUUUGCAUGCCUCAUGGGUCCACUUACUGCUUGCUUCGUCGUUUGCACAAGUUUAUCUCAUUGGUCCAUGGUUGUCGAAGAAAUUGAACAAGUCCGAAACCGGUAAGAAGAUUGCAAAGGCAUUUAACGGUAUCUAUUCAGGGUUCUUGUUUGGAUUGGGAUUACACAUUUCAGGUAUGGUGAACGUGACAAAGACCAUUGGAUUCCUCGCAUUACCAACAGGUAAGCAUUUUGACCCUUCGUUGAUGCUGAUUAUGGUGUUUGCAGUGCUGCCGAACAUCUUUGUGUGGAAGAAGAUUGACAAGCCUUUGUUGGAGGAUGAGUUCCACUGCGCAAACUCGACAGAGAUCCCUACGAAAUUUGUCAUUGGUAACGCCAUCUUCGGUUUGGGAUGGGGUCUACUAGGAGUCUGUCCAGGUCCAGGUCUUUUGGAUGCAGUCUACUUCCCUCAAUUCCUCGGAUGGCUGGCCUCUUUUGUCACAGGGCAAUACAUCGGGGGACAGUUGUAACGUUAGGUAUACAGGCACAUAUACAUAAGAGCUAAGUGAAGUGUUACAGUAUCUUACCUCGGAAA